UUUUUCCCGCCAAAAAUAACAGAAAUCACGAUUCAAGAACAUUCCUAACAAACCACCCCCCAAAACCGUCAGGCUCUUCAUUUCCCGAUACCACGCGCCUCCCUUCACGCCACCCCCUCCCUAUAAAUACUCCUCUCUCAGUCUUUCUCAGUCCCUCAUUUCUCAACCAUUUCAAGAAUCCAAACAACUCUGUUUUUUCGCUUCUCUGAAAUGGCGAUUAUUUCUCUGAAUCUCGUGAUCUUCCUGGCUCUCUCUUUCCUCUCCAUCUCCCACUCCACUUUCCACUCAACUCUCGCCUCCACCACCACCACCGCCGCCACUGCUCCGCCACCACUCUUCACAAUCUCACAAGCGCAGCAACCACCUCAAGAUUAUCUUCCGGACCACGCGAUCUUCUCCCAUACUUCCGUCCUAGCUCCAAUCCUCUCUCACCUUGGCUUCAACGAGCUAGCCACCGCCGCUCCUUCUCUCUACAGUGAGUCCACCACCGCCACCGCUUUGUCCGGUCCUUACACUAUCUUUGCUCCCUCCGAUUCGUCCGUCCGUACAUGCAUUUCUUGCUCCACCCCUUCCCUCCUCCGUGAACACAUGGUUCCCGGCCUCUUCACAGCCGAUUACCUCCGAAAACUCACCUUUGGUACCAAAAUUGAAACUCUCAGUCCUGGCCGUUGCAUAACCGUAACCUCCAGCUCCAGCAACCAAACAAAUCUCACCGUUCACAAAAUCUUCGUCGGCGGAGUUGAAAUCACUCAUCCAGAUCUCUUCAACAAUGGCCUAAUCAUAAUCCACGGCCUCCAAGGCUACAUCGCACCUCUCUCCCCUUUCUCUUGUGAAGUUGAACGUAUGACGUCACUCUCUUUCCCAUUCCACUACGAUCGUAGCCAAAAUAACCAACUUCCUCAGCAACAAGAUGUCGCUCUGAUGCAAUUCAUGCUACGAGACGCCAUCCUACGGCUGAGAAACAACGGCUUCUCCAUUCUCUCAAUCGCUAUGAAAAUCAAGUACGCCGAACUCGUUUCCCUCAACAACGUCACGAUCUUCGCUCUUGAUGACGCCUCAAUCUUCUCCGGUUCGUACUCUUACAUCAACAAUAUAAGGUUCCAUAUCGUGCCAAACCAGUUUUUGACUAUUGCGGAUCUAGAGAGACUUCCAGUCGGAACCACGUUGACAACGUUGGAUAGAGGGCAGAGUUUGGUGGUGACGACGGCGGGAGGGAUUAUAAACAAUCCAAUGAUGAGGAUUAACUAUGUGAGGAUCAAGGCUGCUGAUGUGAUAAGGAAUUUGAAUGUUAUAGUGCAUAGCAUUUAUUUGCCCUUUCCUCAUGUUCAUCCGAUGGUGGGGGCGAGUGAUUCUAUGUUAGGUGGUGGAAGUCAGACGUCGACGGUGCCAGGAAUAGAUGGGGCUUGUGAAUCUCUGGAUGAGCAAGGUGGAUGUGGAUUGAGCCAGAUCAAUCACGUCACGGCUCAGGUUAAGCCGCAUAUGCCAGAGAUUGAAGAUCAUCAUGGUCUUUGA